AUGGUCAUCGCUCUUUCCAUUACGAGAGCCAAAGCCAAUAUGGAUGGGCGGGAGGCGGUGAAUGGCAAGGCUGGCGGACAGGUGCACGUGCUCGCAGUGACCAAGCGUUGGCUCGAGAACCGGAGAAGUGAGCACUGGCAUCAAUCGUAUCUGCAACAAUUAAGUGGUCUGCGCUUCCCUGCAAAGAAAGCCAGUGGCUUUGCGUCCCAGGCCUGGGCCAUGCGGGCUCCACCACGAUUGCUUGCAGUGCAGUAUGCCCGCCCGUUUACCAAAGGUUCCUACGAGGUAGGUGCGCCGCACGGCAUCUGGGGUCCCUAUCUCACCCCCUCCCUCCUCCCCCUGGCUGGUGUGGUGUCAUACUCGUCGGGUCGCCCCCUCCCCUUGUCGUCACCUUUUUCCAACAUUUUGUCUUCAAACCCUCAAAUCGUAUUUACAAACAACUAUCCGAUCAUCUACUUACCUUGGAGUCCCCCCUCCCCACUCAAGAGCGUCCCCUUGCUCCGCGGCAAAGAUCAACUCGAUCUUCGCAUCGUCACAGUUCUAACCGAUUCCCCUGCUCCGACCUGCUCACCUCUUCGUCGUCCUCUCCCCAUCUUCGACGGAGACAUCACAUCUCCCUGGCCGUCGCCGAAUUUUCUUCGACGAAACCAGUUCGAACUCCCAGAACAGAGCGAGUUGUCUCACGCACCUCUGUUCCUGACAUUCCUGGGACCACCGACGCACGCGACUCUAGUCUCGCAUUGUUUGCUGGAAUAUUGCCAGUGCUUGACUCUUGCCGUUGCCUAG